CGUGACGCUCCCGCUGCCGAGUCUCGCGGAGAGCAUCAGACUGCACCUUUUCCUCCUCAAGAGCGCGGAGAGCGAGAGGAGAGAGAGACAUUGAGUCAGACUGAGAGAGAGAGAGAGAGACAGAGAGAGAGAGAGAGAGAGAGAGAGAGAGAGAGAGCGCACCUAGUCGCCCGGAGGCGAACCUGUGAUAAUUUUGUUUCUGUCCGCUAGACCGGCUCCAUCCACCACCGGGCGCGCGGCUGCUGUCUCGCGGCUCUCAGUUGGUCCUAGAUGGGGAAGAGGAAUCGAUGAGACGCGCGCGCGGCGCUGGUGCCACAGGAACACAGGAUGCGCGCGAGGAGGUCGCUGGAGAGAGUGAUGACGCGGCAGUGAGGAACACAUAUACCUCACUCUUACACACACACAUGCGCACGCACACGCGCAUAUAUCUGCCCACACACACCUCAAGUCUUGCCCUACUAAGACGGGGAGGAGGGGGGCGAACAAUUCUGCUAUGACGGUGUCAUUUCUCUCCAUUACCAGUGUGUGAGCCACACACACACACUCAUACUCGUACUCUGCAGGGAGUUGUCUGCACAGAGGAACGGGCCCUAUCUGGGGCACAAAGAUGAAGUUCACAUCCUAUCCGUCAUGUAUCUAACGCUCACGCAGAUGCUCGCACAACUGCGCACACCGGGAAUCUCGCAUGUCGGAAGUGAAGAAUGAAAGACUGAAUGGAGAGAAGACGGUGAACAUCUCCGAGACGACUCAAAACACCAGGCCGAGGCCGAGGAAGAUGUCCCAGGCGUGCUGAGAACACAGAGGGAGCUGCAGGUUGACCCCCCCUCCCCCACUGGAGCGGUAUCUCAUAGGAGUCUCACUUUGUAAAAAGCACUACAGAGAAAGCGGGGUGCACCUGUGACACCUACAAAAGUGUUCUUCGAAGCACCCUACAGUUGUCACCAUGAGUUGUAGGCUAGAGGGAACAACCCAGCUCUAGCCUCUAUCUCCUCCAGUGUGUGUGUGUGUGUGUGUGUGUGUGUGUGUGUGAGAGCGAGUGUGUGUAUGAGUGUGAUGGCGGUGUGUGUUUGGGCUGCAGCCCCCCUGAUCUUCCUGGGGCUGUGCCUGUGCAGCGUGGGGGGCCAGGCCCAAGGGGAGGUCCUGGAGUUUGGAGGCGUGUCCAGCCAGUGGGGACGGUUCCCGGUGUGGAACGCCUGCUGUGAGAGUGUGCUGAGCUUCAGCCUGCGGACUCACAGCCAGGAGGGCCUGUUGCUCUACCUGGACGACGAGGGCUUCUGUGACUUCCUGGAGCUGCUGCUUCUCCACGGGCACCUCCACCUGCGCUUCUCCAUCUUCUGCGCUGAGCCCGCCGAGCUGCAGUCGGGCGUGGCGGUGAGCGACGGGCGGUGGCACGCGGUGCGUGUCAAGCGGGACUGGAGGAACACCUCGUUGGAGGUGGACGGGCGGCUGGAGGGAUGGGCGGAAGUGAAGAGCAAGAGAAGAGACAUGACAGUAUUCAGCCACACCUACAUGGGCGGGGUGACGCCGGAGCUCCACUCCUCGCCCUUGCGCCUCACCUCCCCUUCGGUGCGGGAACACCCCGCCCUCCGUGGCUGGAUCACGGCGGUGAGCAUCAACGGCUCGCUGGUGACGCUGGAGGGCUCGGAGGGCGUCACAGUAACAGCCGGCUGUGGACCGGACCACAAGUGCCAGAACGGAGGGGUGUGCAGCGUGGUCAACGACCAGGCUGUCUGCGACUGCUCCGACACCGGUUACCAAGGCAAUGACUGCAGCGAAGAGUACAGCUACACUCCAGGUCUGGCACACCUGAUGAUUGGCGACCAAGCUCGCGAGGAAUAUGUCGCCACCUUCAAGGGCUCUGAGUACUUCUGCUACGACCUGUCGCCCAACCCCAUCCAGUCUAGCAGCGACGAAAUCACACUUUCUUUCAAGACACUGCAGCGCAACGGCCUGAUGCUGCACACCGGCAAGUCAGCCGACUAUGUCAACCUGGCACUGAAGAACGGUGCCGUGUCGCUCGUCAUCAACCUCGGCUCUGGGGCCUUCGAGGCCCUGGUGGAGCCCGUCAACGGCAAGUUCAACGACAACGCCUGGCACGACGUCAAGGUCACCCGCAACCUGAGACAGCACUCAGGCAUUGGACACGCUAUGGUGACCAUCUCCGUGGACGGCAUCCUGACCACCACAGGCUACACCCAGGAGGACUACACCAUGCUGGGCUCCGACGACUUCUUCUACGUGGGAGGGAGCCCCAGCACGGCCGACCUGCCCGGUUCCCCAGUCAGCAAUAACUUCAUGGGCUGUCUCAAAGAGGUGGUGUACAAGAAUAAUGAUGUACGGCUGGAGCUGUCUAGACUGGCUAAACAGGGAGACCCAAAGAUGAAGGUCAGUGGGGUGGUGUCCUUUAAGUGUGAGAGUGUGGCCACGCUGGACCCCGUGACCUUUGACACCCCAGAGUCUUACGUGGCACUGAGCAAGUGGACGGCGAAGAAGGCGGGAUCCAUCUCGUUCGACUUCAGGACCACAGAGCCCAACGGGUUGAUGCUCUUCAGCCAUGGCAAACCCCGACAGCAGCAACGCAAGGACCCUCGCGCACCUCCCACACUCAAGAUUACUGAUGCUAACGUGUUUGACACACAGGUGGACUUCUUUGCCAUUGAGAUGCUGGACGGACACCUGUACCUGCUGCUGGACAUGGGCUCGGGAACCACCAAGACCAAGGCCAUCGACAGGAAGGUCAACGACGGGGAGUGGUAUCAUGUGGACUUUCAGAGGGAUGGACGCUCAGGAACCAUCUCGGUGAACAGUGUGAGAACAGCGUACACGGCACCGGGAGACAGUGAGAUCCUGGACCUGGAUGACACCUUGUACCUCGGAGGACUACCCGAGGACCGCGCUGGACUCAUCUUCCCUACAGAGGUGUGGACAGCCCUGUUGAACUACGGCUACGUGGGCUGCAUCAGAGACCUGUUUGUGGACGGGCAGAGCAAAGACAUCCGGCGGCUGGCCGAGGCCCAGCGGGCAGUCGGCGUGAAGCCCUCGUGCUCCAGGGAGCCACCCAAGCAGUGCCUGUCCAACCCCUGCCAGCACAAUGGCAUCUGCAGGGAGGGCUGGAACCGCUACGUCUGCGACUGCUCUGGGACGGGCUACCUGGGACGCUCCUGUGAGAGAGAUGCAACCAUCCUGUCCUACGACGGCAGCAAGUUUAUGAAGGUGCAGUUGCCCGUGGCGAUGCAUACUGAGGCGGAGGACGUCUCGCUACGCUUUCGCUCCCAGCGGGCGUACGGCGUUCUCAUGGCAACCACAUCCCGCAACUCUGCAGACACCCUCCGGCUGGAGCUGGAUGGGGGCCGUGUCCGACUCUCUGUCAACUUAGACUGUAUCAGGAUAAACUGUACAGCCAGUAAAGGCCCAGAGACCAUCUUUGCGGGGUCGGGCCUCAAUGAUAAUGAGUGGCACACGGUGAGGGUAGUCCGGCGUGGCAAGAGCCUCAUGCUCACCGUAGAUGACCUGCAGCCCGUUGAAGGUCAGAUGGCGGGCGACCACACCCAGCUGGAGUUUCACAAUGUGGAGACGGGUAUUGUGACGGAGAAGCGCUUCAUACCGGCCGUGCCCUCCAAUUUCAUCGGCCAUCUUCAGGGCCUGACGCUGAACGGCAUGCCUUACAUCGACCUCUGCAAGAACGGCGACAUCGACUACUGCGAGCUCAACGCCGUCAUCGGCUAUAAGAGCAUUGUGGCCGACCCGGUCACCUUCCGCUCGCGCUCCAGCUUCGUCACGCUGCCCACGCUGCAGGCCUACUACUCUAUGCAUCUCUUCAUGCAGUUUAAGACGACGUCCCCCGACGGCCUUAUUCUCUUCAACCGGGGAGACGGCAAUGACUUCAUAGUGGUGGAGCUGGUUAAAGGCUACCUACACUACAUCUCUGACCUGGGCAAUGGGGCACACCUGAUCAAGGGCAACUCCAACAGUCCUCUUAAUGACAACCACUGGCACAACGUGCACAUAUCCCGGGACACUAACAAUCUCCACACGGUCAAGAUCGACACCAAAGUCACCACGCAGACCACCAUGGGGGCCAAGAACCUCGAUCUAAAGGGUGACCUGUACAUCGGGGGCGUCUCCAAAGAGAUGUACCGGGACCUGCCCAAGCUGGUCCACUCCCGCGAGGGUUUCCAGGGUUGCCUGGCAACCGUGGAUCUUAAUGGCCGCCUCCCUGACCUUUUGGCUGAUGCCUUGGCAACCAUGGGACAAGUGGAGAGAGGCUGUGAAGGUCCCAGCACUACCUGUCAGGAGGACUCUUGCUCAAAUCAGGGAGUUUGUUUGCAGCAGUGGGAGGGCUUCACCUGUGACUGCAGCAUGACUUCGUACGCCGGGCCACUAUGCAACGAUGCCGGGACUACUUAUAUCUUUGGGCGCGAUGGAGGCAUGGUGGUUUACACGUGGCCCCCCAAUGAACGCCCCAGCACCAGGGCAGACCGGCUCGCCCUUGGCUUCAGCACCCAACAGAAACACGCCAUUCUGCUCAGGGUGGACAGCGCGUCUGGCCUGGGAGACUACCUUCAGCUGCAGAUAGACAAGGGCAACAUUAAAGUAGUGUUUAAUGUUGGCACUGACGACAUCCACAUCGAGGAGAGCUCCAAGUUCGUCAACGACGGGAAGUACCACAUAAUUCGCUUCACCCGCAGCGGAGGCAAUGCAACCCUCCAACUCGACGACCUGCCGGUCAUAGAGCGCUAUCCCUCAGGCAACAUUGAUAACGAGCGCCUGGCCAUCGCCAGACAGCGAAUCCCCUAUCGGCUCGGUCGAGUAGUUGACGAUUGGCUAUUCGACAAAGGUCGCCAGCUGACCAUCUUCAACAGCCAGACGACGGUGCGCGUUGGUGGAGGUGAGCGCGCGGCAAUGUUCCAGGGGCAGCUGUCUGGCCUGUACUACAAUGGCCUCCGCAUCCUCAACAUGGCCGCUGAGGGGCACCCGCACAUCAGGGUAGAGGGCAGUGCGCGAUUGGUCGGCGACAUGCCGUCCUCGUCCAUCACCCCGCAGUCCAGCGCUGCAGCUGGAGGCAACCGCUCUGACUCCGCCCCCUCCAUAAGCGACAUCACAACCACCACAGCCACCAACCGGAAGCAGGGCGCCACGCAACAGUCGGCAGACGACCUGCUGGUGGCGUCGGCCGAGUGUCCCAGCGACAAUGAAGCUGAUGAUGAUGAAGACAUCGGUCCCUGUGACCCCAGUUCAGCCCGCCCUCCCCUGACCGAGGUGAAGGUGUUCCCGGGUCCGUCCGAGGUGGUGCGGGAGAGCAGCAGCACCACGGGCAUGGUGGUGGGCAUUGUGGCGGCCGCUGCCCUCUGCAUCCUCAUCCUCCUCUACGCCAUGUACAAGUACCGCAACCGCGACGAAGGCUCCUACCACGUGGACGAGAGCCGCAACUACAUCAGCAACUCGGCCACGCAGCCCAACGGCAGCGCCAAGGACAAGCCGCUGGGCAUCGCCAAGAUCUCCAAGAACAAGAAGAACAAAGACAAGGAGUACUACGUCUGAGGCAGAACACAUCCAACGUGCAGACAUAUACGCAUACACCUUUAUAUAUAACGGUAUAUGUACAUAAAUAGAUAUAUUCUCAAAAAAGAAAAAAAUAACACACAUGCACACUGACAUAGACAUGCUGAUGUUAAUGUUUACUCUCCAAUAAUCACACCUGCACACACGCUGGCAAGCACAAACAUACACAUUCAAGCACAAACACACACUAACACUGAAGCACAAACAUACACACACACAUAAACACACACACACACACACACAGACUGGCCCGAGGGCAUGGACCCUUAUUGUACAGUAUUUACCAAUGAGCAGAGCCUCUGAGAGAGGCUUGUUUUAUGAACACCAUUCCAAAUAACUUAAGAAAGCAACUCCCAGUGAAGAACCGUUUUCGGGGGGGGGGGGUGUCCAGCCAGAAAGAAAAAAAAACUGCUUCCCUGCCACCGCAGGACCUCUUCAAACGGACUCAAGAGAGGUCAAGGAAGACUUUAAGUGAAGCAAAAUGGCAGACUGAGUACGUUGAGCGAGCGGCAGAGAACAAGAACAAAGAUGAUGUAAAAGCACCAAGACAAGCACUAAGUGUCUCUUCCAAGCUUCUUGGCCUUCCUCCCUGCUAGCAGACGGGACUCGACGAAGCACCGAGGACGCUGAAUAAACAAGCACACCAAUGGUCCAAGUCUAAUCCCGAGCAACAGGACAGGAAAUCAGGGUGUAGCCGUAGGGGCAAUGAAUUACAAAGGGAACAGGCAGUGGCGGGGCUGGUGCCGUUUAUAUAAUGGAUGUGCUGUGGUUGUUGCGCUGCCGAGCUGAUGUUUCACGGCGGCCUGUAAAUCGCAGACGUGGACUCAGCGGGAAAAAACUGAGGGAUAUUCUCCUGAACAGGAUACUUGAGACUUCAGAUGCUACCUACAGACACCAGUCAUGCACGACUGCGGUGUCACACACACACACACAUGCAAACAAACAAACACACAUGCACACACACACACACACACACACACACAAAAUUUUACAAUCUACACAUGCAGACAAACCUGCGAUGCCAGACCAGACCACCAUAUCUUCAUAACAGAUUCUGAAGACUAUACAAGAAGACAAUGGUGAAAAUGACAAAGACCAUUAUGAUAAUUGUUACGGCGAUGAUAAUGAUGAAUAUGAAGAACAUUUGGUCAGUAUAGACUCUUUGGGGAUGGGGGGGGGGGUCUUAUUGCACGUGAAUUAUCUUACUCCGUGUGAUUUAUACCGCGUUGAAACUCCAGAGGUUACACUGCGAACACGCCACCAUCAUAAACUUACCACCUUGGCUUGAAGUAUUUCUAAACACGCACUUCAAAUGGUUUUCAGUGUGUGUGUGUGUGUGUGUGUGUGCGCGUGCGUGUGAGAUUCAACAAUGAUUUAUUCUCUAAAUCGAUUCUCAGUUCAAAUCCGACAUUGACAAAGUGUGACCAUCUCGAGUGUGCUGCAUGCCCGAGUCUCUGAGCUGUGCUGUGGAGUGGUGGUGUGUCCCACGAAGUCCAGAGGUGGUAGGUUUGUUUGUUUGUUUGUUUGUUUGUUUGUUUGUUAGGUGAGGAGGUGGUGGAGGAGGGUGUUGCGGGGUUGCAAUGUAACUCCAGUGCAACACCCGGAUGUGUGCGCCCACCACAGGCCAUGUCCUGUUUUCUAGCCUGAUGUCCUAAAGGCCACGCCCAACAAACCACCUUUUAUAGCAAAAAAAAAACAGCCGGGGGGGGGGAAACAAAUCAAAAACAGAACAAAGUAAAUGUUACCAUGUGUUGCUAAUAGAUAGGAAAAUCCAGUUCAUGAUGCCAUUGGCUAUACGACAACUUGAGUUGCUCUGAUUUCAUUCGCUCUUUCCUUUUCUCGCUUUCUCUUUGCGUCCUUUUGUCUUCAUGCUAUUGGUUGACGGAUUCGUCAAUAGACAUGACGCGGCCAAUACGGGACCGACAGGUGGGUUUUUCCGAUGGGCUUCAGUAUAACUGUCUGUCUAUGUACUUACGCGGUGUCUGAGUCCGCCGCAGCUCAAGCAUCACAGCCCCAUGAUAUAUCAAUAUAGUGCCAUGACAUGAAGAAGCCCCUCCGGUUCCUCCGAGCAAUGGAACCAACCAAGUCAGAUGCAUGCAAAAUGGACGACGGCCAGAACGGACACGAAAAGGACUUUGUGUGAGAUUUCAAAGUAUAAUGUCGAAAAUUAACCUAACAAAUUCCCCUAUUCUCUCCAUCCUUAACUGGCCUUUUUGACCUCCCUUCUCUUGUGUUCCCCUCGUUCGGUAUGUUUCCCCCAUCUGCCCCCUCCAGUUCCCUCCACGUCUGUUUCUUUCGUUUUUCCCCUUUAUCUCUGUUGUGUUGCCAUCUGGAACAAAGGAGGCGUCUCAACCAGUGGGAUUCUACAUCUAGGUGUUCAUUAACCAUGUUUAUUUUCUAUAUGUACAAUUUUUCUACAGUAUUUACUUUUAUUUUUAUUGUUACGGUUCUUUGAUGAACAUAAAGUGGAAAUUUAUUAUGAAAAAUAGUUUUGAAGAUUAAUGAGUAAAUAAAAUAUUACCCAAGUGA